UUAAACAUACGCGUCUGAGCUCUCGUUCGUUAACGACACGCAAAAUGGCCAACAGAACACUUCUGUUGUGCCUGUUAAUUUCGUGUUUGACUGUGACAUACAUAGAAUGUUGGAGAAGCAGUGGAAGCCGCAGCAGUAGCAGCAGCAGAAGUAGCAGCAGUAGCAGUAGUAGAAGCAGAGGUGGUUCCUCUUUUGGCAAGAGCUGGGGGUCCUCGAGUCACAGCUCCAAACCUAGUUGGAGUUCAAGCUCAAGCCACCAUCCAAGUUCUUCAUCAUCGUCAAGUCACCACUGGGGAUCAAGCUCGGGAUCGUCAUCCCAUAGUUAUCCAUCAUCGUCUUCAGGGCAUUCGGGAAGUUCGUCAUCUUCGAGCCACUGGGGAAGUUCAGGAUCAUCAUCAUCACACGGAUACCCGUCUUCAUCGUCAGGAUUAUCUGGAUCUGGAUCUGGUACCCACAAGUAUCCUUCCUCGUCAUCAUCAGGAUGGAGUUCCGGAACAUCGAGCUAUCCUUCAUCGUCCUCAGGAUUAUCUGGAUCUGGCUCUAGUAGCAAAUACCCUUCAUCAUCGUCAGGUUUAUCUGGGUCCGGAUCUGGUUCCUUUAAAUACCCAUCAUCAUCAUCAGGACUCUCUGGGUCAAGUUCAAGCUCAAGCAAGUACCCGUCGUCAUCUUCAGGGCUUUCUGGGUCAAGUUCGAGCUCCAGCAAAUACCCAUCAUCAUCAUCCGGACUUUCUGGAUCAGGAUCUGGCUCCAGCAAAUACCCAUCAUCGUCAUCCGGACUUUCUGGAUCAGGUUCUAGCUCCAGCAAAUAUCCAUCGUCGUCUUCAGGACUUUCUGGAUCAGGAUCUGGCUCCAGCAAAUACCCAUCAUCAUCAUCCGGACUUUCUGGAUCAGGUUCUGGCUCCAGCAAAUAUCCAUCAUCGUCUUCAGGACUUUCUGGAUCAGGAUCUGGCUCCAGCAAAUACCCAUCAUCGUCUUCAGGACUUUCUGGAUCAGGUUCUGGCUCCAGCAAAUACCCAUCAUCAUCUUCUGGAUCUAAUUAUAAGCCAACAUCAAGUUCGGGAAGCCACUACUAUCCACCAAGUUCCACGGGGAUAUCUGGUUCUGGAUCAAAUUACAAACCUACUUCAAGUUCUGGAACUCACUACUAUCCACCAAGUUCCACGGGAAUAUCUGGUUCUGGAUCAAAUUACAGACCUACAUCAAGUUCUGGAACCCACUACUACCCACCGAGUUCCAACAACAAUAACUACAAACCAACGCAUACAUACAACACGAACAGCCGCCCGUCUACGACAGUUCAUCAUACAACUCAUCAUCAUUAUCACACCAACGUGCCUUACUCCGUACCGACGUACUACUCUACGCCGCAGUACGUAUACAUCCAAGACUACAGGCACUCCAACAGUCGAUACGGAAAUUUGCUGACUGGUUUAUCGUUAUAUAACCUCGGUCGCUCACGUAGUCACUACAAUGACCACUACUACUAUGACGACUACUACAGACGCAGGUAUGAUAUGCCGAGUUCUUCGUCAUACGGCUCCUCUUCCUACAGACCACAAAACCGGCCUCAAGACGAAGCGAAUUGCAUAUUGAAAGUUAAAGAAAAUGGACGAGAAGAAGCACUUAAAAUUCCUUGUGAAAUUGUUUCAACCUUCACUCAAGAUAGUAAAAAAGUGGCUCCAACGCAACAAACUCAAGUGAACAAAACAGUGUGCACGACAACUACAACUAUUAUCAACAGCACAGUGACGACAGUGCCAGCAACUCCUGCGGCCACAGUGAACCCUGUGUUAUCAGUGUUACCAGUAAACGCUUCUAAACCUAAUACGACAGUGACGGCUAACCAAACUGUGUCAACUAAUGUUUCUUCAGUGAAUGCUUUGCCAAGUAAUUUCAAUCUCAACAUUAGGAUAGAAGAUUUCCCAUCACUAGCGGCUACCAUACCACCACCGCUUUCUACCAUAGCGAACAUGACAUUAGCUCCAAACGGUACUCUAAUAAUGGUACCGGUAAAUACUCCUGCGCCAAUUGUUCCCAGCGUCGAUGUGAAGACAAAUUUGGGAACUUUGGCCCCUAAUGGCACCAUCAUACCCACGGUGGCAGUUAACAGUACUGUUCCAAAGAACAUUCCAGCAGUGAACACGACAGUGACCACGGAGACUUCCACAGUGAACGGUUCGUCAUCUUACAUUACUAAGACGGUGACAACUAACGCGACUAUGGUGAAUGUAACAGUGUGUACUACUAAUUCAACCCUUGUAGAUCCUUUGAGUGUUAAAGGGCCCCCAGUGAACCCUGAUAAUAUGGAGUGUGCGGUUGAGAUUCAAACAAGAGAUGCUUUCUUACGUAAUACUAUCGAUUGUAAAACUUUAAUGGCUUACUCCAAAAUGCCAGAGCCUAAAAAGGACACCGGUAUAUUGCCACCAAGGGAAAAAUUAAAGUCAUGGCUAAAGAGUCCACCUUGGUGGAUGUCCUUGUUUAUUGCUGUGUAAGUUAAUUACAAAUCUUUUUAAAAUUGUAUCACGUUUAUGACACAUCUAAAUGCAGUCUCCAAUUCAGCAAUGCUAAAGAGAUUAUUUUUGUUUAUUAUGCUAAUACUGCUAGAAUAGUCAAAUUAGUUCGUAAGUAAAAUAAUAGCAAUAAAGUCUAUUCUCUAAGUUGUAUUCUCUUAGUUCCAUUUGUUAUACAUUUAGCAAGUCACAAACUAUACCAAAUAUUAUGUCAGCUAGCAUUAGAAUUCGACAUUUUUAGCGAAAAACUUUGUCUUUGUUGGAACACUAAAAUAAUUCACAUUUCAUGUAUUUUUUUGUAAAAUAUGUUUUUGAUCUAUGUUUUGUGAUUUUUAUUAUAAGUAGUUUAUUACAAACUAAUUUUAUUAUAAAUUAAAUGAAGUUAAUAAUAAAAUUUGUUAUAGUGUUUAUGUACUAUUCUGUGCUAGACUCAGUAAUUCGUAGAGUGACAUUAAUUUUGAGAGCGUACCAAUUAACGCGUGAGGUUGAAUACUGAUAAUUUUUUAUGUAUGUUCAUGCACGUUCCUAUUAUCAUUGUAAACUAAAUUUUUUGUGCUAAGAAUGUAAACAAGAGAUAAUGCUUCUUAAAAUAAUGAUUUAAGCACUUGCUACUUUGUUUUAAUACAAAAUAUGUAUUUCUUUUUCGCAACUGUAAACUUAUUGUAUACCUAUUUAUAAGUAAGACUAAUUCUAUAGAUUCUAGAUAACCACCAAAUUAUGAAAUUAUGCUUAUUAGGUUAUAUUA